AGUUCAGAAAAAAAAUAUAUCAGCCAGAGGUUCCUUGACCAGAAAAGAAAAGAAUUUCUUGAGCUGAAACAGGGCAAUAGAUCAGUAUCUGAAUAUGAAAGAGAAUUUGUUCGAUUGAGUAAAUAUGCUCGAGAAUGGGUACAGUCAGAAGCUGAAAUGUGCAAACGAUUCGAAGAAGGGUUGAAUGAAGACAUUAAGUUACUGAUCGAAAUUCUUGAAAUUCGAGAGUUUGCUACAUUGGCAGAGAGAGCUUAUAAAGUAGAAGAAUUGAGCAAAGAAAAGAAACAGGCUGAGAGGGAAGCUCGAAAUUUUAGUAAAAGACCAAUGGGAAAAUCCCAGUUUUCUGCUUCAAAGAAAUUGAAGAAAUAUCAGGAUCGUUCUACUUCAGCCAUUGGGUAUUCGGGCAAAGAGCGAGGUUCUCAACGCACUAAUCCAAGGCCUUCUACUCCAUCAGUGACCAGUGUUGGCAGUGUUGGCACUCCUAAACCAAGAUGCCAGUACUGUAAUAAAGCUCAUUUUGGUGAAUGCCGAUUUAAGAGUGGGGCUUGUUACCGAUGUGGUUCUUUUGACCAUUUCCUCAGAGAUUGUCCAGAAAGGGUUGAAAAAGAAGCUGAACAGAUAUCGAAGCCGAGUAAUCCAGUUUGGAGGGGCAGACCACCUCGACCAUCCGGUAAUGUCAGUGGUAGUCGAGGAGCUACAAAAGAUACUAUAGGUAGGCCUGAGGUACGAGCACCUGCUAGGACAUAUGCCAUUCGUGCCAGAGAAGAUGCUUCAGCACCCGAUGUUAUUACUGAUCCAGAAGAUUCAAAUACGAAGCUAGAUCGAGGAAAGGAAAAAGUUUGGGAUUAGUAGAUUUUUACUGUUUACAAACAAGUAUCAAGGUAAG